AUGGCAGAAAGCACGCAAAGCCUAACUGUGGAAAUUUUAAACAAAAACGAUUGUUUGACAAUUAUUAAGAAUUGUUUAAAUUUGCUCGGUGACAAUGAUUUUGAAUUGCUGUCAUAUCAAGUUGUGAAACCCUCCGGCGAUUUGGUGGGCUUUAUGGGCGAAUACUAUAAACUGCAUGUGGAUAUUAGGGAAAAAAAUUCGAAUGCUCUCCGAACCCUAAAAUUCUUUGUAAAAAGUAUACCCGUCACCAAUGAGGUUUAUCGCGAUGAAUGUGAACGUAAGGGUUUCUUUCGCAAGGAAUCUCGAAUCUAUGCUGAUAUUUUACCAAAUCUGCAACGCUAUGCUUCGUCGGAUUUAUUUCCCAAGUCGUAUUUGGUACGUUCUGAUAUUUUAGUUUUGGAAGAUUUUUCGCUACCUGAAAAAGGUUUCCAGCAAUUAUCGCCCGCGGAUAUUUACACCACCAAACAUUUGCAAUUGUGUGUGCAAUUAUUGGCCCGAUUUCAUGCGGCCAGCUUGGCAUGGGAGACCAAGGAGUCCAUUAAUAUUGGUGAGAAAUUCCAAGAUGUUCUCAUUGAAAUGCAGCUGACCGCAAAGAAUGAAUGGUAUAUCACGGGCAUCAAGGCCGCCCUGUAUUUAGCCCAAAUACACCCCAAGUACCAAUACCCCGAGGCCCAAGAAUUCAUUAACGGAAAACUCUAUCAACUAUUUCUCGAUAUGGAACAAUUUGCCAAUGCCUCCACGACUCUUCGCAAUGUUCUCUGUCAUCGUGAUUCCUGGAAUAGUAACAUCUUUUGGAAAUUUAACCCAGAUACCAACGAACCCCUCGAAUGUCGUAUUGUUGAUUUUCAAUUAACCCGUUACAGUCCACCGGCCAUUGAUGUUUUGAAUUUCCUUUAUAAUAAUUUUGAAACUUCCGAACGUAGGGACAAAGAAGUACCUGAACUUUUGAAAUAUUAUUACAGCACUUUGAAGGAGGAAUUAAAGCAGUUGGAUCUACCGGAGGAUUUAAUACCGCAGCAGGAAUUCGAUGAAGAUUGCCGUAAAGCUUUAUUGCCGGUGUUAACUUUGAGAGCCAUUUGUGUGCCAUUGUUUAAUUUACCCAAAGGUUGGGCCUCCCACAUGCGGGCCACGGAGCCUAAAAAAUUUGACGAGUACAUGAAUAGUGAGCGUACGGAAAUGUUUGAGAGGGUUUCGAAACUAGAUCCGACCUAUGUGGAGAAGAUAUUGUUCCCGGUCCAGACUGUCGAACUUCUACAAUCUCUGGUAAUUACCCGACAGGUAAAUUUCACGUGUAUGCUAUGGUAA